AUGAUGAAGGCGUUGAAUUUUAUUAGCUCUAAACUACGCUCCGCAUUCACAUACGAUGAAUGGAGAGCAUCUUCUUGGGGAUAUGAGGCUCACAGGCCCGUGUUAAAUUCAGACACUUGGGCCCGCUGGGCUCCAGAGUGGCCAGGAGAAACAUCCUCUCCCUCCCCCCACCAGAGACAGAAGAGGUUCGAAGCAGUUCAACCUUUCCUCGAGCCUUGCCCUACCCCCACCUUCCCCCCAACCCCGCUCCCCGCUCCCCGCUCCCCGCUCCCCGCUGCCCGCUCCCCGCUCCCCGCCCCCUACCGAGUCCGUCUUCCCGUGAGGACAGUUCGUCCAAACCCCGCGUUUAGCUCCGCCCCCUCCUCUCCUCCGCCCCCUAACCUCAAUCCAAGAACAGAUAAACUGGGAGAAACUCGGCCAGAGACAGAUUCGGAGACAGACAGGAGCUCAAACUCAGAGAGACUUUUCAUCUUCAUCAGUCUCAUGGGGGGGGCUCUCCUGCUUCCCCCACCCAGACCAAGGCCCCUCUGAAGGGCCUCCAGAAAGUCAGCCCAGGACCACUCAAGCAGACAGACCGUGAAGGAGACAAUAAAGACUUUUGGACUUUACCUCUGGCUAUUCUCCUGGUGAUUACUCAGCUAAAACAAAGGCUGGCCCAAAGACCUCCAGAAAGCUAACCAGAACAUUACAAGCUAGUCUUAAUGUUAUUAUUCUUGCUCCUCCCUCUUGGUUGCCACUGAACCAAUGAUGAACCAGCUUGAAUGAUGAAAUGAUGAAAAUGAUGAACCCCUGAACCAAUGAUGUCCACUUCUUGCAGAUCCCUUCAAGUCUCAACACAAAUGCCGCCUUUAAGAAGCCUUUUCUGAUUUUCCCAGUUGUUAGCUCCCCCUCUCUCUCCUCUCUUGUAUAUAUCUCCUAUAUUUACUUAUUCAAGAAAGUGUCUCUAUAUAUUGAUAGUUCUAGUAAAAGAUUUAAUAAAUGCUUGUUGUUGACAA